CCCGUUGUGCUUUCACACAGACUGUGCUCCAUUUGCAGUGCACUGCUGACCUGCUGCUUCUGCAUAUCAAAUGAUCAUGUGAUUGACACUUUCUGUUGAAAAGCACCUCCUCAACAAACCAUGUAACACAGCCUCCUGUGUUGUUUCACAGGACAAGAUAUUUGAUAUAUGAUAAAAUAGACUAGAUUUGUGGAUUAAAAAUGUUUAAAGUCUCUGGUGGUCAGGACACAGGAAUGGAUGAAAACAGCAGAUUUGCAAAGAUUUAUUUAUAGAUCCUAAAUAUAAAUGAGCAGCAUUAAUUGCUGAAGAGAAAAUGUAGGUGACAGGCAAGGAUGUAAAAGGUAUUGCAGCAAAUGUAUUUAUAUAUGUCUUGUCUUGUUGACUAAAUCAAUGGCACAUUUAAGCUUGAGAUUCGGCUGCUUGUGAAACCAUUAAAACCAGGAAGAGAAAUUGAAGUGACAUUUUCAUUUCACUUGUAUCUCACUGAGCGCUCUCUCUCUCUCUCACUCUCGUUCUUUCUCUCUGCGUGUUGCAUGUUGGAAGUGCGGGUGAGGAGGACUGAAUGCGCGUCUCAUAAGCCCUUUUCACACAGACAUUCCGGAAAAUACACGAGAAAGGCAUCCUGGAUUUUUCCGGAAUCCUUCGAUUUUUUUGUUCAUUCACACUGCCAUGAUUAGCCGGCAUCUGAUGGUCCCGGAAAGAGAUGUGACCUGUUGAAAGUCCCGCCCUCUCUUCUACGCAGCAUCUGAAGUUUGCAAAUUAUUUAUUAUUUCGCUAUCCAGAAACCACUCGCGUGCAUUUUUGUUUAUGAUAAAACUAUAAAGGAGCAUGUGAACGCACAGUUCUAUGCUGGUGAAUGAUCUCCGGUUCAGAAUGGAUAUUUGACGAGCUCCCUGAUCUCUGCUUUAAUACAGUUUUCAGACAUUUCUCAUCGUGAAAUUUAACUACGAAAACUUAACUACGAAGAACAAACAACGACAAUACACAGAGAGCUUACUGAGACUGAACUUGACAAAAUAGAGCAUGACAGCUACGAAGCAAACACACACAAAAAUACAGAAUGGGCAUUAAAACUUCUCAAAGACUGGCUAAAAGAGAAAAAAAUGGAGACACAGACAAGUAUGAAGCAGAGGAUCUUAAUAAGGUAUUACGAUCAUUUUAUGCAUCUGUGCAAAGUGCGAAUGGUCAGACUUAUUCAAUAGCCAGCUAUAUGGCCAUCAGGACUGGCAUUGCCAGAUAUUUUAAAAAGUUUGAUAUCCUGAAAAGUCCAACCUUCAACUCCAGCAAUGCAGUUUUUAAAUCUACAAUUAAAGCCAUUCGUAAAGCUGGCAAAGACAUUAGUCACCAUCAUUCACAGAUCUCACCAGCAGACAUGCAUCUAAUACGAAACUCCGAUGUGCUGUCACCAGACACAGCAACUGGUCUAGUUCGGAAAGUGUGGUUUGAUGUACAACUACAUCUAGCAAGACGAGGCAGAGAAGGGAACCGAGAUUUAAGAAGGGAUUCUUUUACCAUGAAAUGUGACGACAAUGGUACCGAAUACUUUACUCUGUCCCACAAUGCAGAGACUAAAAACCACAAAGACCAGAAAGAUCCAUGUAAAGAAAAUUACAGAGGCUGCAUCUUCACUGAACCCAACAACCCCAAGUGUCCUUUUGCUACUUUCAAAAAAUACCUGGCACUCUGUCCGUCAGAUGCAGACGCAUUUGAUCUUCAUCCACUACGACAAAACCAGGAAACACUGAACAAAAGAACAGUCUGGUACUCUAAAGAGCCGAUGGGACAUAACUACCUUGCCAAGAUGAUGCCCACAAUCAGCGAAGCAGCUGGCCUCUCACGAAGAUACACAAACCACAGUUUAAGAAGCACGGCUGUGCAACUUCUCUCGCUUGCCGGAUUGGAAACAAGAGAUAUUAUGACUGUGACCGGACAUAGAUGUGAAAGCAGUCUAAAGACUUACUGGACUCCGACCACCGCUGACAAACAGAAAUGGAGCAGUAUACUUUCAUCAAAUCCUGACAACAGCUUGGCAAGCAGUGCAAUCAACAAAAAGUCCAUAGAGGAAACUUUCGAUCACUCUACCAAAAACAUCAACUUCAACAUCCCCGCUGGGACCACAUUUCCAAUGUCACAGUUCACAUUUAAUGGAAAUGUGCAAUUUAAUACUUGUAAAUAAAUAAAAAACUCAAAUAUAUAUAUUCAUAUGUUGAUGUUAUAAAUAGUCCUUCUGUAUUUUCUGUCUUUUUAUGUAAUUCCUUUGAAUGUUAGUCACGUACUAUAUCGUUUCGCGGAAGGAUAAAAAUGUUAAUUUAAAACAAAUAUGCCAAUAAAAUGUUUCAAAUUCAUAUUCAUGUCCAG